CCCUUGUUCACACAGCAGGGGAGCGCAGCGGGGGCUCGCGGCUCCUGCCUCCGACUUUCCUCUGCACAUUUGAUGAACUCCUAAGUGGAGUGAGGGUAGCAGCUGCUGGGAGUGGUGGCCACGUGCGGUGGGGCGCUGUGCUGCGUAGGGUGCAGAUGCGCGCGGGCUACCAGGGGUGGUGGACACUCUCGCCGCGUCCCUGGCCUCGGCAUCUUAGCUGGCUCACUCCCCUUGCGAGGCUAACGCUCCUGGUACCUGUGUCCUUUCCUUCCAGAGAGGAGUUGUCUCCAACCACCAUCUCCGACCCUCCUCCCUUCCCCGACUCCCUCCUAUCCCGGGCUCUGCGCGGUGUAGUGCUGUUCUCGGAUCCAGUGGCCAUAGAGGUCCAGGGAUAAGCCCGGCAGCUACAUCCUUGUAGCGGCUCCGCUUGGCUGCUCCGGUUCCUGCUUGCUUGCUUACGCUGUCCUACACAGAAUCGGACCUGCUCCAGGUGCCUCCCAGGGCCGUCAAUCCGUUGGCUACACACUCCUGGCUUCCUGGGCUCAGCUGAAAAGCAAGGGCCGGCGGCGCAAUUCUUGUGCUAUUGGGAGGCCAAGUGAAACUGAAGUGGUGCUGAAGAUGGGCCCAGUAGGUGCAGAGGCAGAUGAGAACCAGACUGUAGAAGCGAAGGUGGAGCUCUAUGGGCCGGGGCACACCACUCCUAGAGGUGAGCUGCCCCCUGAUCCCGAGCCGGAGCUCAUAGACAGCACCAAGCUGGUUGAGGUGCAGGUGGUCCUCAUACUGGCCUAUUGCUCCAUCAUCUUGCUGGGGGUAGUUGGCAACUCUCUGGUAAUCCAUGUGGUGAUCAAGUUCAAGAGCAUGCGCACAGUAACCAACUUUUUCAUUGCCAACCUGGCUGUGGCGGAUCUUUUGGUGAAUACCCUGUGCCUACCAUUCACUCUUACCUACACCUUAAUGGGGGAGUGGAAAAUGGGUCCAGUCUUGUGCCAUUUGGUGCCCUACUCUCAGGGUCUGGCAGUACAAGUGUCCACAAUAACUCUGACAGUCAUUGCCCUGGACCGCCACCGCUGCAUUGUCUACCACCUGGAAAGCAAGAUCUCCAAGCGAAUCAGCUUCCUGAUUAUUGGUCUAGCCUGGGGCAUCAGUGCCCUGCUGGCAAGCCCCCUGGCCAUCUUCCGGGAGUACUCCCUGAUCGAGAUCAUUCCUGACUUUGAGAUAGUGGCCUGUACUGAGAAGUGGCCUGGCGAGGAGAAGAGUGUCUACGGCACAGUCUACAGCCUUUCCACCUUACUAAUCCUGUAUGUUUUGCCUCUGGGCAUCAUAUCUUUCUCCUACGCCCGCAUCUGGAGUAAGCUGAAGAACCAUGUCAGCCCGGGAGCCGCAAGUGACCAUUACCACCAGCGAAGGCACAAAACCACCAAAAUGCUGGUGUGUGUGGUAGUGGUGUUUGCAGUCAGCUGGCUGCCCCUCCAUGCCUUCCAGCUUGCUGUGGACAUUGACAGCCAUGUCCUGGACUUGAAGGAGUACAAACUCAUCUUCACAGUGUUCCACAUCAUCGCCAUGUGCUCCACCUUUGCCAACCCCCUUCUCUAUGGCUGGAUGAACAGCAACUAUAGGAAGGCUUUCCUCUCUGCCUUCCGGUGUGAGCAGAGGUUGGAUGCCAUUCACUCGGAGGUGUCUAUGACCUUCAAGACUAAAAAGAACUUAGAAGUCAAAAAGAACAAUGGCCCCGCUGACUCUUUUUCAGAGGCUACCAAUGUCUAAGAAAGCAGGUGUGGAAGCACAUGGAUGAAUUGUGACCAGAGAUGUCAAUCUGGUUAGUGAAGCUUUUCUAACCAGUGCAUGCUGACCUCCCAUUGUAUUGACUAAAG